GACUGCCUCAAGAGAAAAAGAGGAGAGGCUGAAAAGAUUGAAGGCCAACCAUGUCUGAAACAUACGAUUUCCUGUUUAAGUUCUUGGUCAUUGGGAACGCAGGAACCGGAAAAUCAUGCCUUCUUCACCAGUUCAUUGAAAAGAGAUUCAAGGAUGACUCAAAUCACACAAUUGGUGUCGAGUUUGGUUCGAAGAUCAUCAAUGUGGUAAACAAGUUUGUCAAGCUCCAGAUAUGGGACACGGCAGGUCAGGAAAGAUUCAGGUCUGUGACACGGAGUUACUACAGAGGGGCAGCUGGAGCUUUGCUUGUGUACGAUAUAACAAGCCGGGAGACUUACAAUGCUCUGACAAACUGGCUAACCGACGCCAGGAUGCUGGCCAGUCAAAACAUCGUUAUCAUCCUGUGUGGGAAUAAGAAAGACCUGGAUGCCGACAGAGAGGUCACCUUCCUGGAGGCGUCGCGUUUUGCUCAGGAGAACGAGCUCAUGUUUCUGGAGACCAGUGCACUGACAGGAGAGAAUGUGGAGGAAGCUUUUGUGCAGUGUGCUCGGAAGAUCCUCAACAAGAUAGAAUCAGGUGAGCUGGACCCUGAGCGGAUGGGUUCUGGGAUCCAGUACGGUGACGCAGCGCUCCGGCAGCUGCGGUCACCUCGCAGGGCCCAGGCUGAGAGUGUGCAGGAGUGCGGUUGUUAAAGGCCAUACUUGGAGAGCUGAGAACCAAGGUGGACUUGUAAAGACAAAGAGGACGUGUAUAGGGAACGCAACGCUGGGCUCUGUGAGGAGGAGCAACUCUUCCUUGACCUCCCUUUGACUUCCAUUUGGAUAAAACCUUCAGAGAGACCCAGGGAGGCCACUCCGCAAAGGUCUGGCUCACCUCCCAGAAUGCUACGGAACAGUUUGUUGUCCCUUCAGGCUGAGCCCAGGAUGUUUGUCUGACCUGCUCUACCCAGAAGCUCUGAGGAUGGUUAAAGCUUUACCGUUUCAUUUUUCAACCGCCUUACCCUCAUUACUAAAACCACUGAUCAAUCCUUUCUCCUCAUUUUGUCUUGACGUGUAAAUCCCGAAUAUAGAAAUGGUAUGAGGACCUUGGAGCAUGUAGUACAGACCGUGUUACCGGAACAUUUUCGCCACUACCUGAGGAAAGUUUAACAGUUUAAUCAGAUGCUGUACUUUGCGUUACCUUCAAAUAAUGGUGGGCUGCACCUCGCUUAUCAGUGACGUAUAUCGUGCUUUCUGUCAUUUUCAGACAGACCAAUGAGCUGUUUGCUUCUGGCAUUAUCAUAUGCUUUUUAAUAUUUAUGCUCUGAAAAACAGUCAGACAA